AUGGGAAAUAAUCUUUGCUAUUAAACUGGAGAGAGAUCUUCAUUGUUUCCUUAAUUGCUAUUAAAAUAUGAAAUGGGAAAUUGUGAAAUCGUGUUAACUGCAGGGCCUGUUGAAAAUGAAGAUGUGGAAUGUUUAGUGAUACCAACUGAUUCUGGAUACACCAAUAUCAAGCAAAGCGAAAGACCUAGUUUUAAAUAAAUAAACGAGAAAUGUGUCUUUUUGCCUGGUAAUAAAAAACGAAAAAGUUAGAUUUUGGCUAUUGUCAUAGACAAGAAUUUCUCAAUUAAAAAUGAUGAUGGAGAAGAUGAAAAGUAGACAAUCUACGCAACAGUUUAAGAGGCCCUCAGAUUGGCCGAAUAAAAGCUAAUGAAAUCUAUUGGGUUCCCAGUAUUUGAAUCUAAAGAUCAUACUACUUCAGCUACCAUCAUGUUAAUGGCUAUUAAACUCAGUUUAACAGAGCAAAAAAUAAAUUCCCUUAAAAGAAUAGCAAUCACACUUGAUGUAUCCAAUUUUGCAUAAUCAUACAAGCAUAUUGAACAAGUGAGCAGCUUUAAAUGGGUAUUUCAACAAGUGUUCAAAGGAAGCGAACAAUUGAAGCAUUCUAGAACCUAUUCAAGUUCAAUAAAUACGCAAAUAGAUUCGAUCUCUAUAGACAACAUAAAGUCUAAAGUUAAAAGCAAUACAAAGGAUGAAACUCCUUGA